AUAGCUGGCAGCAACCACCGCCACGGUCGCGCCGAUCUCUUCGCCGAGCUCACUCGCUCACCACCGGCGGCAUCGCAGCAGCUGGUGUUUCGUCGAAGGCGUCAUCGGGCGUGCGGUUGUUCUCGGUGCGGCGUCGUCGUCGGUGUUCUCCCACUCCUGAGGAACGCAACAUCAAUACACGGGAGUCUACGCGUCAUAUCGCCUUCCUCAUCCUCGAGACGUUGUGUUGUGUGACCGCGGGUGUCGAAACGGGCGCUCGGAAUACAGAGCCGCAAAGCAAAUCAACGACGAGUGUUACUUUUGUUGUUUUGUUGGUGACUCGACUAUGACCGAAGACGUGCACAUCGCGAGGACGCCGACGCUAUGAUCUGUCUGCGUCGCUGCCUACUUAGCGUUCCGGGACUGGACGCCUUUUCUUCGGAUCACUUUCGCUCUUCGACUUGACCGGCCGAUUGUUUCGCCCUCCGUGCAUACGGACAGUGCUGAACUGUUCGGAUGUUGAGGGUUAUCCGUGACCUCGACCGCUAAUAUACCGACAGGUUGUGUCAUUGUUUGAUUGUGCAGUAGCUCUGUCAUUUCGCAAUCAAUCGAUCUUGUUCGUCGUUCUAACACUAAUCACAUCGCCCUCUAGUCACCUCUACUAGCGGCACAUUUGUUCGCCCUCUAAUUUGCCUCCGAGAGACAUUGAAGGUACAAACGCAACGGUGGAUUUCUGCGUUCUUUAGUUAAACCGCGCUUCUUAAUGUUAUCGCGCCAGUCGUGUGUGGGUUAUUUACAUCGGGAUACAACACGCUUGUAGACAUUCGCACACGUACCUUACAUUCCGCGUAUCGACGGUGCGGUGUGGAUUGCGUUGAAUGUGCCCCGCACACAGCGCGGUGUUCGGCGGUGGCCGCGGCGGACUGCGCUUCGGUUUCGCGCCGCUCCCAGAGCCCGUAGCGCCGAUGAGGAGCGCCGAGGCGGCAGCAGCGGCGGCGGCGGCGGCAGCCGCCAACUUUGCCAUGAACUCUCUUCUGUGCGACUCCAUUCCAGGCAACGACCCGCGCCAGUGGAGCAAGCACAACGUGUCCAUGUGGCUCGAGUGGUGCACCGAACAGUUCUCCCUGGUGCCCACGGAUUCCGAGAACUUCCACAUGAAUGGAAAGGCACUGUGCCUACUGUCCAAGGCCGACUUUCUGGAGCGAGCCCCAAAGGCGGGAGACGUCCUAUUCAAUGCCCUCCAGCUCCUGUUACAUAGGGCUCUCCACACGGCCCGGCUCACCAAUGGUACACAUGGCAAUGGAUCUGUGCCUCGAAGCACUGUCAUCACAAGAGAUAUCCAGGGGUAUGGCCAGGUGUUGCUGCAGGACCCGACAUCUUACACCCAGCCCCUGCAGGUGUCUCCGCUGUCAGCAGAGGUAGACAGCACUGUGAUCCUGAGCCCGGACCCCAGCUCGGGUGGCGAGAGCGUCCAGAGUGAUUCCGCUGGCAUGCAGGCUGGCAGCAGCACACCAGCGUCCAAUGGAGGAUUUGCCUCUGCCAAAAACUCCUCUCCACCUCCGUCCCUCGCGGCUACACCCCUGCUAGUGGACAAGCAGCAUCGUCUCCAGCUACGCAGAGAGCAGGCCCAACUACGCAGGAAGCAGGCGAGAAAGGGUGUCGUGGAUUUAGUGCGGCGAAGUCCAACGCCACCGACCCAAGUCGCAUUCCCGCCGAGGGGAGGCGUGUCAGCAUUCCCUGGCAUGAUCCCCGACGUGUCGAUGCACCCUAUGAUGCCACCUGUUGCUGCAAAGCCACCGCAGCUUCAACCGCCCAUGGCACUCAACAUGCCUCCAGUGAGACCGGCCACAACUGGCCGGGUCGUUGCUGAUGCACCAGGUGUCCGCUUGCUGUGGGACUUCCUGCAACAGCUGCUGAAUGACCCCGAGCAGAGGUACCACUACUGCAUCACGUGGAAGGACGAGGAAGAGGGCGUCUUCAAGAUAACCGAUCCACACCGGCUGGCCAAGCUGUGGGGCAUGCAGAAGAACCACCUGAACAUGAACUUUGACAAGAUGUCGCGAGCCAUGCGCUACUACUACCGGGUCAAGAUCCUCCAAAAAGAGCCUGGCGAGCGACUCUGUUACAGGUUCCUUCGGCCACCCAAGGAAUUGAGGUACUGCAAGCAGCGGUCACUCUUGGAGCAAGCCGAAUCUGAUGCUGCCACAGCAGCUCGCGAGGCAGAGGAGGAAGAGACGUCGAGUGCCCUGGACAUGAGCAUCAAGGAAGAGUGCCUUUCACCCCGUCUAGAGAACGACUGAGCACACACCUCCCGUGCCUUGUUUCCUUUUUUUUUGUACGGUACCUGCUGCAAGUCUGCCUUCCCCGUCUUCGAAUCCACCGAGUGCCUCACAAUGGCACAUACUGCAAGCCCUCUCCUUGGUGCCUGAUGAAGAGACUGCUUGCAAACACAACCCAUGUCUCUUUUCAUUACCUUUAGCUGAGACACUGUGUGACAGCGUCGAUCGUCUGUGUGGUGAUGAAAUGAACCUGCUUCGCCUCGUGUCUGUGACGAAACUUAUCUGCUGUCAUCGUCCCCACCUGUGUGAAACACCGCAAAAGGUCCCUACAGAGUCCACUCAGGUGUUUUGUGUUGCGCCUCUUGUGGCGUCAGUGAUCUUGGAGUAGUGGAUACGGGUGUUGUGUGUGCUGCUGCUGUGGACCCAGCAUUUUUUUUUCCUUUGUGUGUGAGCGAAUGCAGCAUCAUGAUGAGUAUCUACAAAUGUGCACUGACCGGCGAAAGCAAUGGUGGCAGCAAGCAACCUCAGGACAACAAGGGUGACUUUUUUUUCAAUAACUUUGUUCGUGACGUUGACUGUACUUGAGUGAACAAUUGCUCCCAAGUGCACGCCACUGUUACCAGCAUCAGCCGUCCUGUGAAGCAGACACAAUGAACAAAUGAUGUGGGAAAUGCUAGUUAUCCACAGUGUAGAUGGUGAAUGUAUGCACAUGACACGUACGUGUAUGUUUGUGCAUGUAAGAAUUUGCACAGUGCCUUGAGAAGCCAUCACAAACUUCUACGCAGAUAUAUUGCUCAUGGUGCCAUGCAACGGCACUGUCUGUACAAUUAUGUGACAAGUGGGACAUCUUACGUUAUGGGACAAGAUUUCAGAGACCAUUUUUGGACCCUGUAUGUUCGGCAGUGUAGAUUCUACACUGCGGCUGUUCGACGUGUGCAGUUGUCUGAUUUGAUUUGCAUUUUUUAUACGGGAUAGUUUGGUUAUAAGUAGGUAUCUACACAUGACGUGCUGAUCUCAAUGGCAAUAGUUAGCUACAUUGGUCCAUAACUAGUGCAAAAAACAUGUUAUGUGCCAUUCAUUUGCUUCGGAAUUCUUGUGUCCCUAAAGGGUGGGCUUGAGAUUUUUAAAGACAACUGUACGCAAAUAGCUGCUUAGUGGGUCAGCUUUUUUUUCUUGUUUUUAGUAAAUGAGUUUUUAUCCUUGUUUCUGUUUUGUUGUUUUCUUUUUAUAUAAACCAUGAAAAAGUAAUCCUAGCGAAUCAUUCUUCUUUUUCAUUUUGUUUCUCACUUAUCAUUCGUUUAGGUUAGCACUUUGACAUCAUUAUCAUCAAUGAUAAAUAGUUGAAGAAUAAGGAUAGUUGCAAAAGGAGCAGUCAUGAUAAUCAUAGUUCAUGUGCAUGCGAUUCUCCAAUGCACUCGUUAAGAAAGAGUGCUGUGUCGAGUUGUCUCGGCCCUGGUCUUUUCAAAUACAGUCAAACUAAAAAAAAAAAAAACAGAAUCAUUCUAAGUUUUGCUAAUGUUAAAUGUGAAAUGUGCUGAUAUAAUGUCACUUCUCACAGAGAUUUUUCUUCUGAAAGAACUGAGCAUGAAUUAACUAAUUAUAGCAAAAGCUCAGUGAUGAAAGUUGAUGAGAAAAAGCAUAACCACAUUUCAUAGCUUCACUGCAAUAGUAUGACGAUAAAAUAACCGGUGCUUAUUUAAAAGUUAUAUUCCUGUCUUCGGAGUUCAACCUGUCCAUGCGCUAAAUACUGCUGGGCUCCUGAUGAGUUCAGCUGUUUGAGUGACCACCCCAAAAGGCACUGGUCUAAGCUCCGAAUCCCGUGCAGGGCAAAUGCACCUUCAACUGGCAAGGUUUUUUCUAAAUAAGAAGGAAAAUUGGUGUGGACUUACUUUGUAUUUUAAAGAGGCCCUGCAACACUUUUUGAGCAUGGUUGGAAAGUACUGCCAAUCGGUAGUAGAGGCUCCCGACAACACACGAGCCAAAUAUUAUAUGCCAGCAUGCAGCCUGGAAUUCACAACAUAUUAUCAAAGUCAGCUGAAUAUAGCUUUCUCUUCUCCCGACAAAUCACUGAAAAUAAGCCCAGGAACCCCGUCUAUCAGCCAUUGGCUGAUUUGAACAUGGCGCGCUUGCUCGUUACCGAGAUUGCCGCGGGAGGCUGUACUUGUCCACGCAUGCGCACGCGAUCACACUGAAAAAGUCGCGCAUUGAAAGAAAAAAAAAGAAUAAAAGUGCUCAAGGUCGCGAAGCUCGCGUGACGUUUUUCUGUGGCCCUGCCAUCCCUCCCUGCUUGGCUUCCAGCGCUUUCCUCGGGACGAGAGAAAAGAGAAUGCAAUUGCAGCAUGCGACAAACCUUUGUAACUCCACUCGCACUGAACGAAUUCUUAAAAUUUUUGUGGCGUUGAAUUUGUGAGACAUUAAACUAUUCCAGUGAAUUCAUUCCAUCGUUACCUGAAAAAGUCUUUCAGGGCCCCUUUAAUGCUACAAAUAGGUGGCUGACAAUGCUUAAUAAACUAUCCCCAUCUGUAGCUUAGCCACAACCUCGCAAUCUCAAAAGAAUGUUAGAGAAUUAUCGGAGGUGGGAAUUCGCUGCUUCUCGAAAGCCGUGUUCAAAAACGUGAAAGUUUACAUAAUUAUCCUUUAUCCAUGCCUAUUUGAAAGAUAUAUCAGGCUGCGAGACCUUUUGCCUUUUUGAAUUAGUCUGGCGGUCCUCCUUGCGAUAGCAGAAGGCCACAGGAAGGGGGCAUCAAUGUGCAAUCCUUACUUUUUCUUUGCGAUUUAGCAUGUUUCACUGAAUUACAAGACUUUGCUGUGGUGAUGUUUAUAAAGACAUAUUAAUCUGUUAUGGUGCAAAAAAAAAUUGUGCUGUAACGGUCAUUCAUGCAGUGAAAUUCGAAAAUUGUUCAUAGGCACCUUGUUUUUUUUGUUUUUUUUUUUUGCAUGUGAUUUACAAGGCAAUAUUGCAAUACCGGAGUUUGACUGUAUUUGUUGACCUUGCAGAACUUCUUUUUUUUUUCUUGCUUCGAUAGCGAAUGAAAAGUUGCAUGGAAAUAAUAAGCAUAAAGAUUUGUCCAAUGUGCUUUGUGCAAUAUGCCAUAUCUUAAAGAUGUUAUGACAGUUGUGUGCAUCUCUCUUCAUUGCCAUUCAUUAUGAUCGGCAUGACACUUGUUUUUCUUUACACCUUGCAAAAUACACAUGGCAAUUGCAUUCUUUCUUACUUCCAGAUGCUUUCGUUUUAAACCUCAGAUGUGGAGUUUUUGAGCUGCCUUGUCAUCUUUCCCUGUUCAAUGCAGUUGUUUUAAUUGCUUUGUGGAAUUAAGAUACAGUGUACAAUAGGUUACAAGCUUGCAAGUAGCAUUACAAAACUGGAAACACAGUGCCAGUGAACAAUGACCAUAAUUUAUAGAUGACAACCACAGUGGUACCAUAACUUAAGAAAUGUUAUCGGAUGGUCUUCCAACUUCCCUUCUCUUACAUUUGGUCAUUGGCAGCUGGUCUUGUGUUUAUAGUCAUUUUUAAUGUGCCUCGAUUGAAUUGCUGUUCUGGAGAAAGUGUUAUGUGAUUGACUUGGUUAAUUUAACUCUAAUGGGGAAGGACGAAAUUAGCAAACCUAUCGGGAAGAGAGACUCAAGCUAGGAGAAUAAGUGGCAAUACACAUUGGCAGUUUCUAUUAGCUUUGAGGUGUUCCAAUCGUAACACACCACCAAAAUGAAUGGGAGUCCACUUUUUGUGGCGAACCAGAUCACUAUGAAAAAUAAUGGGAGAGUUGCAUCAAUGCUUCCAAGCAAAAAGCACAUCAAGUGUGUAUUGACUUUCUUGGUUAGCAAAAUGCACUGUGCAUCCGACUUCAGCAUUGAAAAAACUCUAGAACCAGUAAAAUUUACUUUCACAGAAUAUAGUACAAUAACUUGCUGUAUGUCUAUUCUUAUUACUUUUGAAUAACGGUUUACUGCAGUCAGUGAAGAAUUGCAGUAUAUCUUACUCUUAAUGAUACAUGGCUUAUUGAAUAAUGUACAUUUACUAAAUUACUCAACAGUCGUAAACAGAAUGGCAACUCACAACUCUAACCACUGGGCCAGUACAUCCUUGGAUGCAUGGAGUACACCUGACUGCCUCUUCAUAUACGUAACUUGUCUACUGAAUAGGCUUUCUUAAUUAGACAAAUUAUGUUAUUGUCUUACUGUGAUUCUUCAUUUGCCAAUUAUUGUUGCUAUCCUGACAGCAGCGGCAAUAGUAAUGACUGUGCUGGUUCUAAUGGUAGGCCACUGUGAAAGUGGCUUUUUUUUUCUUGCUAGAUUGUUUAAUCUGUGCAAUAUUCUGGCAAAUUUUCUUUAUAGAUAAAAGCACACAACAGAAUCCUGUUAAUUGCAUAGUAAUUACUUCCGAGCUACCAUUUUUACUCAGAAGCCUUCGAAGUUGUUUAUCUGGUCAUUGAAGUCAGUGACAUGUCAUGUUCAAAUUAUCCAGAAAAUGCAAGAUUCAGGAUUGAAAUCUGCCUUUUUUAUAAUGCUAUGGUGAAUGCACCCUACACCUAGUGAAAAAGUUGCAAAACACUUCUUGUACCGGAAGCUUUUGUUUCGGCAGUACUGGUUGAUCCAGCGUCUGCCAGAGAAAGGUUAGUACAUGAUUAUGUAAAAGGUAGACUACAAAGCUGGGGUCCCAUCACAUUCUAUGAAUGGUGGCUGGUAGUCAGACCCAUCAGUUGAAUCAUCAUCAGAGUUGAAUUAGUGGAAGUGUACUGUGUUUUAUUUGCCAUCUCUACCACGAAGCCUGCCUCCUUAUCUAAGGGGUGUUGCAACUGUUCUUCUGCAAAGUCUCAUUUCUGUUUACUUUCUUAGGUUUUGUCGGCAUAUUUUAUACUUAUUUGGGCAUUUAUUGACGUCACCAGGUAUGACAAGGCCUGAAACAUUGACCGAAACAUCAUCUAAUGUUGAACAUGUCUUCCAUGUUUAGCUCUCUAUUUCACGCUUGCGGGGAGUGUGUUAGUCAUGGCAGAGAUGUGCUCAUGACAGGCCCAACGUUUGUGCAGGAUGGCUAUGACGCCUUACGCUGUGGUGUGAUUAAAAAUCGUCAUGCAACUUA